AUGUAUGGGUUUGGAUACGACCAACAAAACUGUGACUAUAAGGUUGUGUACGCUUGUCGUACCCAGACCUUCAACGACUAUGAUGUUUUGGUGUACAGUUUCAGGUCGGGUUCCUGGGAAAAAAUCCCAAAUGGGCUUAGGGCCGGCAUUGUUUACCCCAACAUCGGCGUCCACAUCAAUGGCACGCUAAACUGGUCAAGCAGCACAAUGGUGGCUCGUGACAAUUGGGAAUCCAAAAUUGUCUCUUUCAAUCUGACAACAAAUUCCGCCGUCAUUCUGUCCGGGCCGAAGCCCGAAAGGAGCGGAAACAUUUCCCUAUGUGAGUCGAGGGGGUUUUUCCUGGCGUCUUGGUUUCAGAGAGACAAGGUGAGUGUUUGGAAGAUGAGAGAAUUUGGGGUGGAAAAUUCAUGGACAAAACUGGCUUGUAUCCAACAGUUAUUACCUAAGCCGCCGCGUAAGACGUCGACGCUUACUCCCAUUGUUGUGGUCAUAUGUAACCGCGUUUCUCUCAUGUAUGUAAUGAACAACACAAAUCUCGUCAUGAAAGUGGGGGAGCACUUGAGGGUUUACACGCCUGAAGACGGUAAAAGCAAAUGGAAAAUUGAAGAGUGCCGCCCAGGCAACAGGGGUUUUAAGGCGAUUCUCUUUCGGGAGACGCUGGCGCCGCCGCCGUGUCUUUACACAAAAACUCCCAAACAUGCAAUUGAUCUUCUCCAACUGCCUUCCUGCGAAAAGAUUCACAAGCAAGCAGAUACCAUGGCUUCACAAGUCCAGAAUGUUUAG